UCGCAGCGGCGCGGCGCGGCUGUGACAGGCGCUCGGCGGCCGGGCCCGGCCCUUCCCUUCUCUCCUCUCCCUCCUUCGCUCCCUCCCUCCCUCCCUCCCGCCCCAGUGCCCAGCGGGGGAACCGGGGGGGCGCGGCGGCGGCGCUCGGUCGGAGUGAGCCGUGGCGGCGGCCGGGGGCUGCCGGCGCCUGAGCGGCUCUAUGAUGAAAUUUAAGCCGAACCAGACGCGGACGUACGACCGGGAGGGCUACAAGAAGCGGGCGGCGUGCCUCUGCUUCCGCAGCGAGCGGGAGGACGAGGUGCUGUUGGUAAGCAGUAGCCGAUACCCAGAUCAGUGGAUUGUGCCAGGUGGAGGAAUGGAACCAGAAGAAGAACCCGGGGGAGCAGCUGUCAGAGAGGUGUAUGAAGAGGCUGGAGUAAAGGGAAAACUAGGCAGACUGCUUGGGAUAUUUGAGAACCAGGAUCGGAAGCAUAGGACAUAUGUUUACGUUCUUACUGUGACGGAAAUACUGGAAGACUGGGAGGAUUCAGUUAAUAUAGGAAGGAAAAGAGAAUGGUUUAAAGUAGAAGAUGCAAUCAAGGUCCUUCAGUGUCACAAGCCUGUUCAUGCAGAGUACUUGGAAAAACUGAAACUGAGCUGUUCGCCCACUAAUGGAAACUCUGUGGUUCCCCCUCUUCCAGAUAGUAACUCCUUAUAUGUCACUUCUGCACAGACUUCUGGGUUGCCCUCUACUGUGAGAUAAACAUUUGGAUUACCUCUUUAUUCAUGUCAUCACAAGGGGAGACAUCUUUGAUCACAUGUAGGCAUCUGUAUAAGUGUCAAUUCUAAGUGAAAUAUGUGAAUGUGUCAUAAUGUUGAGUUUAUUUGAACAUGUUUUUCCUUUUUAACAAUGUAAAAUAGUAUUUCAGCAAACCAAAGCCAUAUAUGGAUUUUUUUAAGAUGCCUUCGUAGGCCAUUUUAAAAAAGAAAUAAGAAACUUGAGUAUAUAAAUUUCCAUAUCUGCUAAAAUAAAAUAUGCAUCUCAGUGGUGUUCAGCUUAUUUAAGACUUGUCAGUUAGUCAGCAGUUCUACGAGAGUACUUGCUAUAGAAAAGGUUGAGCAAAUAGUCUUAUACUAAACUCUUAUUUGGUAUCCACAAAUGAAGUGCUAAGAACUGAAGAUGGCACUGUUGGGGAAAUGUGUGGUGAAGGCAGAGAUGCAUGUGACUACAAUAAAGCACUAAACCAUGUCGAGCCUGUCAAGAGCAAAGGAUACCUUCAUAAAGCACUGCUUGCCUCAGUCAUCCAAAAGGUUGCCUUAUCCUAUGCAAUCUUCACGUAACGUAGAACUAGAGCAAGGAUGGUAAACUUGUGUCUUGUGACUACCAAAACCAUUCUCUGUACUUUUGUUAUUUGGUCAGCUGAUGAACUGUCAGAAGAUAGAUGCAGAAAGUGUUGUGGAUUCCCCACCCUCCCUCACCUACUGUUUUUCCUUUUAGCCUUUGGAUACACGUCCUGUUCAUGGUGCAACUGCACUCAGGGUUCCAAAAACUUCUAACCUUCAGUGACAAGCAUCUUACCUAGUGUUCGUGCAGUUUGUUGUCCUUUAAAAAUACUUAAAGGAAAAUCAGACUUACUCAGUGGGCAUGUAUGUGUUACAGAGGUGUCUGUUAGCAAGCAUGUGUUGAGGUGUCUUGCCCAGCAGGAACCAGUUGGGGUUCUUCCUGUGCCUUGGAGGCAUGCAGGCUGAUACUUACACUAAUGGAAGAAUAAUAUUCCUUUGUCUUAUUCAGAAGGUAUGCUGAACCCCCCCUUUUUUUUAAGUUAGCUCUUAAAUACUUCAAUUUUACUGUUUUAACAUCAAUUGCUUUAGCUUUUUGAAUUAAAAGCUGACCUCUUGAUAAAAGCUACCUGGAAGAAAUGAGGUACAGCUGACAACCUUGUUUUUCAUUAUUCUUUUUUUCAGCCAAAAAGAUGAAACCUAAAUCCACUGUAGGUCUUAAUGUUUUUACUGUAGGGUUAUUCUGUCUCCCUUGCUCUCUCUCUCUCCCUCUGUGUAUGUAUGUUUGUGUAUGGUUUUCUUCUACAGGAACACAAUCUAAUUCAUAUGAACACCCUAAUUCUGAUUCCUUUUUGUAGGAUCUAAACCCAACUAUACCUCCUCUCCAGCCAAUCAAAACAGAGGUUGAGGUAAAGCUUUACCUCGCAUGUGAAGUUUAUUCUGGGUAUAGCUCAUUCUCUUCAUAGUAUUGGAACCUUUGUAAAUAGUCCAACUAAUAAAUAGUGAGUGUAAAAUGGAAAAUAAAUGUAAUUUAAACCUUUUGUUACUCAAUACACAAAUGGUUAACUUCUACUUUUUUAACACAAAUUGUGUAAAAUGCUGCUAUAAAUUAAACUUUUUUGUGCUGUUA